CACACACACACACACACACACACCUAGUGAAGCGUCUGUUUUGGAGCAUGCUGAAACAGAUCACUCUUUCAUGCUGAACCAGGCAGUCUGUGUGUGUACCUUUGCUCCCCACUGGUGUUUACCUCCUCUCUCUGCUGCUGCUCGCUGCCACGUCAAAUGACCGCCUGGGUGCUUGGCUCGCUCCUCCGGGAGCCUCGUGGCCAAACAGCCUGACUGUGGCAACUCUGCUCUGGGGCUGAAGAGUCAGAAACAACGGGUUGGAAGAUUUAUACCAGCUCAGUAUUUUGACAGCGUCUGACUGUCUACUGGAGCUCUACUUGUGGUUGGAAGAUAAACGGAUGUGUUCAGGUCUGUGGAGACCAGUCAGACCCCAACUCACCUGAGGAUUGAGGAGACAGCAUGAGAGCAGCUGUUGGAGCCACUGAAGUAUAUUAGUGCUUUUUUUUUAUUUACCCAUCUGAAAGAUGAGUGGAUAUCUUUACAGAGGAAGGCACUGUGGUGGAGACAAACGGGCCAGGCCGAAGAGCAUUGGACCUAUGAUGGAUUUCUCAUGUGAUGAGACAGAUAAAGGCCCACCGGUACAGAUGCACAGCCUCCGAGAGUUUGAACAGCACCUGAACGACCUGAAGAAGGAGAACUUCAGCCUGAAGCUCAGGAUCUACUUCCUGGAGGAGAAGAUCCAGCAGAAGUUUGAGGAGAGCAGCGAUGAUGUGCACAAGAGGAACAUCGAGCUGAAGGUUGAAGUGGAGAGUUUGAAAAACGAACUUGAGGAGAAACAACAGCUUCUGGACAAAGCGCUGUCGACGGCAGAGAGCCUGUCCAAUCAGAAUGAAGCAGAGCUGCAGCGUCGCCUGGCGGAGCGACAGGAAGAGAUCAGCCACAUGCAGGAAAUCCUCGAAACCAAAGUUCAGCUGCUACAAGAGGAGGCCUUGCUGGCCCGAGACGAGGCUGAGCGGAUGGCCUCGCUGGCGGACUCUGAGGCUCAGCGCUGCCUGGCUCUGGAGAGAGAGAUGUUGGAGAGGAUGGAGGAGAGUGGAGGCUCAGACGGACUGCUCACCCAGCAGGCCCUGGCCGACAAAGACGGGGUGAUCGAGGAGUUGACGCAGCAGAAACAUUCACUGGAGCUCCGGGUCGAGGAGCUUCAGGUUAAAGUUCACGAUCUUUCCUCUUCUCUCAAGAAGAAAGAACGAGAAGCUGAGACUCAUGGUGAGCGCAGAGUCCACACACAGAUGCAGAGGCUGAUUGAUGAGCAGCAGGGCCAUCUCAGUCAGUAUGAGAGUGCUGCAGGUCAGUGUGUCGGGGAGCUGCAGAAGGCCCAGGUCCAGGUCCACUCGCUCCAAGCCAAGAUCAGAGAUGGCGAGUCCAGGAACCAGAAGCUGCAGGAGCGUCUCGGUGAGAUGGAGUUGGAACUGCGUUCAGCCCGAGAGGAAGCUCAACAACAAGAGCGAAACAUCCAGAACAUCACUGAUACCGUUAACUCCAAGGAGGCACAGGCUGCAGAGCUGUUUCGGGUGAUUGAGGAACAGAAUAAGAUGCUGUGUUCUCUCAAAGAGCUCGCCAACCGCAACCAGCUGCAGCAGCUGCAGGUGUCUGGUGCUGACAGUAUCCGAGGCCAGGGGGAGGUUCUGGGUCUGCAGGCGUCUCUCUUCCAGGCCCAGCUGGAGCUGCAGGCCGGUCAGCGGGCACAACGGCAGGCAGCCCGCACCCAGGAGGACCUGAGCCGAGCCCUGCAGAGGCUAGAGAAAGACCUGCAGGGGGCGCUGCAGCACAGGAGGGACACAGAGAGACACAAUCAGGACCUGCAGCUGGCUCUGGAGAAGGCUCGAUCUGCCCUGCAAGAGAGAGAAGAGCAGCUGAGAGAGGGCAAAGAAGAGAGACAGCGGGAGGACGAGGAGAGAGGGACCAUCAGAGAGCUGAAGAUGUCCCUGCUGACCAAAGAGCAGCUGAUAGAGGACUGUGAGCUGCUGGAGGAUCCAAAGGACAAGAGAGACUCUCUGAUUCAGAAACUCCGCCAGCGGAUCAAGGAGAGAGGAGCUCUGGAGCGAGCAGUGGAUGAGAAGUUCCGCUGCGUGGAGGAGAAAGAGGAGGAGACUCGUCGGCUUCAGCUGCUGCUCAGAGAGAAGGAGAGAGACCUGGAGAGGCAGCGCUGCGUCCUGGCCAACAACGAGGAGACCAUCACUAGCCUGGAGGUGCUGGUGCGUGGGAAGGCUUUGGAGCUGGAGCAGGUGUGUGACGCCUGGAGGAGCGUCCAGCGGCAGCAGCAGGAGAGCGAGGAGAGACAGAGUCGCAUCCUAAGGGAGAGAGACGCCAUCAUCAGCCAGCUGCAGGCGGCGCUGCACGCUCGCACGCAGGAGGCCCAGGACCUGCGCUGCAACCUGCUGGCUCAGAUCCAGUCAGCUCCUAGCGACAUUCUGGAGGAGCUGAAGGUCCGGCUCCAGCUCAAAGACCGCCUCUUCCAGGAAGCGCUGGCCGACCGGACUCGCCAGGCGCAAGAGCAUCAGGAGCAGGUCCACGAUCUGCUCAGAACCAUCAGCUCCAGGGACCAGUACAUUCAGGACUCUGCCAGCCGGCUUGGUGAGGUGAUGGCCGAGCAGACAGCGAGGCUCCAGGAGCUCCGCAGACAGCUGAGCUCAGGCGCCGGAUCGACGUCUGACUCCGGAUCCGACUGGGCUGUCGAGCUCCAGGCCGUGCAGGAGGAGCUGCGCCUGGCUCUGAGGAGGGAGAGGGAGAGCCAGGAGCUAAGCAGGAGUCAGGCCAGCACGCUGGACUGCCUCACCAGGACGCUGCAUGUGAAGGAGGACAUCAUCAGGGACUUCCAGAAGCAGAUGGUGGAGCCCUCAGGUCUCCCGCUGGUGGAGCGGUUGACCCAGGAGGUCCAGGAGCUAAGAGAGAGCCUGGUCCAGCAGGGCGGCCCCCCAGGCAGAGGCCCCGUCCUGGGCCUUGAUCGGCCCAACAGCAGGCAGCCUGAGUUUGGAGAAGUGAGCUCAGAGGAUGAAGACGAGGCUGAUGAGGACUUGAACAGCGAGUACACUGAGAGCGUCGACGAAGAAGAGUCCAAUCUGAAGGUCCCGUCUGUGGCCAACACCAUGGGUUCUCGAGGUACCGGAAAGGCUCCGUCCCUGGAUGUGUUAUUUGAAGGUCAGGGACUGAUGGAGGUCAAACAGCUGGUGGAGCAGAAGAGGGCGGUGGAGAGAGAGCUGGGAGAGCUGAAGGCUCAGCUGGAGAAGGCCGGCUUCUCCUCACUUUCACAGAUGAGGAAAGCUCUGUUCAGCCUGCAAGCAGAUAACCAAGAUUUAAAGCAUCAGCUGGCUGAAGGGCCCGGCAGUAAACAGAAGGGUGAACAGAAGGUGUUGGAUGGUGAAGAGGAGGAAGAGGAGGAGGAGGAGUUGGAUGUGACCAUAGAAGAGGUGGAUGAGGUUGAAGAGGAGGAGGUAAACUCUGAGCUGUGGGACGCCUGGGAAGGAGAGCUGUCUCUGUUAGAAACCAACAUCCAGACCAGUGAUGAGCCGCAGAAGACCCGAGCCAACAGACCCGAGUCACUGCACCGGCUCACCGGCUCCUCACAGCUGUCAGCCGGUCAGCACGAGGGCGCUGCGUCCUCGGUGAGAAGUGAGAAGACAGCGCAUCUGCAGCAGAAGAGCAAAGAGCUGCGAGAGAGGCUGAUGGUGUCUGAAGCCACGGUGCAGGCUCAGGCCGAGCAGCUCAAAGACUACAGGGAGCUGCUCACAGAAACAUCAGUACAGCAGGACAGUAAGCAGAUCCAGGUGGACCUGCAGGACCCGGGCUACGAGACCUGUGGCCGCAGUGAGAACGAGGCCGAAAGGGAAGACACCAGCAGCCCAGAGUUUGAUGACCUGGAGAUGUGCACAUCUCUGGAUUGUGGUUCCCAGUGGUGGCCUGCCAACAACAGCAGCAGCAGCAGCUCCACCUUGACUAAAUCCACCACACAGAGCUCCGGUUAUGGAGACGAGUCAUCUCUCCAGCGCCUCGUCGAGGACCUUCGCUCGCAGCUCUCCCGCUCUCAGGGAGUAAUCCGCGGGCUCCAGAGCCGCCUGCGCUCCCUCUCCACCUCCAGCGACUAUGGACCCUCCACACCCCGCAAGGUAAACUGGUCCUUCCAGGCCUCGCCCUCCCAGAGCGGGGUGGAGGACGAUGAGGGCUGGCAGUCGUCAGACGGUGGUCCCCUGGCUUCGCCCCGUCACCCUCACUCAGACAAGGGCCUGCAGGAGCUGGUGUCCCGUGUGGACGCGCUGGAGGAACAGUUGAGGAAAGGAGGCAAAAACUCUGUCAGCGAGGACGGAAAGUCUGCCACCUGGCCAGGUAAAUUCGACACUCUGAUCCAGACUCAGGCCAGAGAGCUGUCUCACCUUCGCCAGCGGCUGAGGGAGGGUCGGGGCGUGUGCAACAUCCUCACCCAGCACCUGGGAGACACCACCAAGGCCUUCGAGGAGCUGCUGAGGGCCAACGACAUCGACUACUACAUGGGCCAGAGCUUCAGGGACCAGCUGGCUCAGAGCGGCGCUCUGGCGCAGCGAGUCGGCGCGAAGAUCAGCGGACGAGAUCACUCUGAAGAUCCAGAGGAGAAGACAGAGCUGAUCGCCAUCCGGCUCAGUAAGGAGCUGCAGCAGAAGGACAAGAUCAUCGAGUCUCUCCGCACCAAACUAAACCAGCAUCACCAUCAUCAUCCUCAUCGCUCCGACACGCCCUGCAGCAGCCAUGCGCUCUCUGACACCACUGACCAAUCAGAUCGUAUCUCCUAUGUGUCUGAUGAGCAUGGAUCCACCAACGAGGACCUGGAGCUUUGCUCUGAUGUGGAUGCUGCCAGCGAGCUCGGUCAGAAGGAAACACGCACUUCCACCAGACUCAGCACAGAUUGCCGCUCUCACAGUGGCUCCAUGUCACGUCACCCGUCUGUCCCUCCAUCCAUCACCUCAUCCCACAUCCAGUCGUGCCUCAGCUGUCCCAGCAUGCAAUGCCCGAGCUCACCACACAAACCCAUAGACGUGCAGAGUCAGACAGCUCCAGCCUCAGUCCUCACCUACCCCUUCCACCCUCCCCUCUCCUCCUCCACCCAGAGGGUUACUUUGCCCUUCCAAGCCCACCCCGCACCCCUGAGAACCCGCUACCAAGGCAGCGGGGGCGUGGGUUUCUCCCUGGCUGAGGUGCAUCAGGAGCUGCAGAUGUUACAAAGGCAGCUGGCAGACAAUGAGAGGUUUUCCGCGCCUCAGUCCAAACCUCUUCAGGGUUUCCCCUUUUCCCACCAGCAGCCCGACUCCUCUGCCUUCCUGCCUCUCUCCUACCACGGAUACCAGCCUUCUCCUUUCAGCAGCGCUACCAGCAGCUGCCUGGAUGCCAGCUCAGCAAUGAAAGCUGGGGCCAGUCUUCUGGAGAGCAGUGCAUUGUGGGAUAUGGCCUAUGGCACCCGACCACUGAGACUUGGAGCCGACCUGUCCUCAGGAUCCUCGGGGUAGUCGGGCGCCAGCAACACAGGUUCAGACCUGAUGAAGGAGCACCUGCGAGAGAUCAGGACUCUGAGACAGAGACUGGAGGACUCGAUCCAGACCAACGAUCGCCUCAGACAACAACUAGAAGAGCGACUGGCCCGCACCUCCUCGGAGAAAGGUGCUCCUACCAACAUCUACAUCCAGGGUCUGGACUCAGUCGGCCAGCUCUCCAGUGAGAUCAGACUUCUGAAGGAGGAGAACGUCAGCCUGCAGAACCAGCUGAAGCAGGCCACCAGAGAGGGCAAUAAGGAGGCAGAGCAGCUGAGGGAGGCAGCUCUCCUGGAGCAGGCCAGGUUGAAAGAGGCGGAGCUAGAGGCUGAGAGGUGGGCGGAGCAAAGCAGGAAGCUGCAAACUGAGGCUGAAGCGCUCAACCAAGAGAUUGCGCAACUGAAACAGGACAGACAGAGGAACCAGGAAACCAUCAACAGAUUCCAGCAUGAGGUGAGCAUCCUUCAGCAGCAGCUAUGUGAGAGCCACAGUCUGGUCCAAUCUCUUCAGCGUGAGCUGCAGGUGUAUCACAGAGUGUGUGGAGUCACCGCAAACACACACUCAGCAGGUCAGUCCAGUGAAGGUACCCAACACACUGCAACCUUUGACCCCAGAGAGUUGCACAUACAGCUGGAGCAGCAGCUGAGUGGACAGACUGGCCCACUGCCUCGGUCCAGGAGGCAGCUCUUCAAUGACGACGUUCCCUCCCCUCCCGUGAGAGACACUGGACUCGUCAGUCCUUCCUCUCCUCUACAUCCUGCACAGAAACAUGCAGAAGACACCGGAGCAGCCGAUCGAGCCUCGACCCUGCAGGGUCAAGCCCCAGACGGCUCUUUCUCCAACCGUCAUGGCCGCCAUGCAGUGGGCCACAUUGACGACUUCAAGGCUCUGCAGCGGCAGAUCCUGGAGGGCAGCGCUCUCCUCCGCAAGAUGGAUGCCACCCUUCAUUCCCUGAGCAACCCACCGGAGUUCAGCCUUCAUCAACCUUCAGACUCCGGUUCUGUCAGGAAGCUGCUGUCUGACAGUAAAACCCUGCGGCAGAUCCUGGAGGAGGCCGGCUCUCUGCUCCGGAUGUUCUGGAGAGCAGCUCUGCCAAACUUCGAGGAAUCCAAACAGGAUCCGUCUCUGAGGGAGGAGGUCGUUUCUCUCCGUCUGAGGCUCUCAGAGCAAGAACAGGCUCUCAAGGAUGCCAUGGAGAGAGUGAAGAGCUCCAACCGCACCAAAGAUAGCAUGGAGCACUUUAUAGUCAGCCAGCUGUCGAGAACACAGGACGUCUUGAGGAAAGCCAAGACGAACUUACAGGAGAACGAGCUCAGGAUUUCUUCCCUUCGCUGUGCCUCUUUCUCCAUUCCCUCUUUUUCACCCUCCUCCUCAUCCUCUUCCUCACACCCCCAGCUUGAUAAAGGUGAAAACGCAGGAGGCUUCUGUGAGCUCGCCUUCUCUCCUGGUUGGGGUGUCAUGAGGCCCUGGACUUCCUCCAUCUCCUCUUCCUCUGCUGUCCUGGGACCGGCUCACCACCAGCGCCCCCUGCAGCCAGCCUUCCGGUAGUGCACCAGCCCCGUGAUCCUUUUCAUCAUCAUAAUCAUCAUCAUUUCAAGCCGAAAAUGCUGGAAAUUCUGGCUCUCUUAUCGGCUGGAGAAACAUUUCAGUUGAGUGGCGCCUUUCUGAGUGCUGAUGAAUGUUGGCGCUGGUCGACUCCUGCUCGUUGAAGAUGAGUUUAUGAAUGUGAAUGAUUUAUAAUGGUUUUAUUGUUGGUGUAAUGUGUGUAACUGUUAUGAGGGGCUUUUGUUGAGGACAUCAACUGAAGUGUUUUCUCUCAUUUAUAUGAGACCAGUCUGAGUUUGGCUGAAGUUGGCUUCUGAUUCAUAGCUUCUGAUUAAGUCUUUCCCACCUCAUUUUCAGAAAUCCGGGUCAGUUUAAUCCAAGUCUAGCAGUUUUUGUGGUCUGGGCAGAUGAAAAAUGUCGAUGAUACCUAAUUUCAGUCUGUAAUAUAGCAACCACAUGAGAAGAAAUAUUCUCUGUUAGCUUAUAAUCAUAAGCUCCCAUUCAGAAGCCAUUUUCAGUCUUGUACUUUAACAGGGAUUCAAGAAACAAAACUCCACGUGAUGCCAGCAGGAAAGGGGCUUUGAAAAAGCCAAAACCGUGACCUGGUGAGGCUGCUGUUUGUAGUUAGUAUGUAGAGUAGUCGCAUGUGGUUUGAGCAGCUUGUGGAACCAAAGCCAUACUCUCUGACGGUACAGUAGAUAUAUCUUUUUGUUUUGUCCUAAUUGUACAAUAAAAUUGGCAUAAAAAUGGCCAUCUACUGAUAACAUGUGGAAAAUACUACAGAACUACUAAUAGGCACUUUGGUCAAAUAGCUGGUAGAUGAUGUUCUUGUGCAUUUACUCACAAAUAAAACACCAAUUUAGGAAUUUUUCCUCAUCGUCCCUAAACUCCAGAGCGUUUCAGUUAGUUCACUUCAGAUGUUUAAAAAAGUAUAAAUGGGUCCAACCCAGUUUUUCCUGCUGAAACAGUAACCCGUGCAGCAUCAGUGUUAAUAAAACAGUACAUGUUACAGACCGCACUCAUCGAGCUGUUCAGCAGGUUUGGGCAACGCAUCUGUUUAACAUGAAAGAAAUUUCUUUCUUUUUUUUAGUGCGUGAUGACAUCUCAUUUUUGUAACCCAAAAAAUGGACCACACUUUUAGCUUUUAUUUUUAUUUUCAAUACAGCUUUUGUUGUUUUGUUUUUUUUCUUUUUUGCUAAAUUUGUUAAGCUUUUUAUGUUUGAAUUUCCCUCAAGAUGACAAUCACUUUUUAAAAAUAUCAAUCGUCUAGGAAUCUAAAGUUCAUCAAAACUUCGGUCACUGUGAAAAAGAACUUUUCUGAAAUUGGGUAUUUCGCUCUGGCUUCUCCACAUUUAAUUUAUUUGUGAGUUUUUCUUGAUUUCCCUGUAUAGUAGGUUAGCCGUUCCUUUACGUGCAUGAACUGUGGCUUCACUGGCCUCUAAUACUUUUUACUGAAAUAUGCAAUUUUUGGGUUACUGUGCAAUAAUAGCCUGUUGUGUUUGCUUUUUGUUGGUGUUUUAGGCCUGGGUUUUAAAGUGCCAUGUCAUCUGUUUUUAGCUGUGAAGCUGAAUUGAUUUAAACAAACUUGACUUUUGGAUGAAUAUGUCCAGUUUUUUGACAAUCACCAUGAAUGCAGCAGUUUUAAUGGCCUUGUUUUUUGGCUUAAUAUGAAUCAGAGUUUUAUAAACAUGGAAAAAAAGGCAACACCAUAGAAGAGCACCGUAAUGAUAUAUUUAAAAAGCAAUAAGAUCAACCAAAGUGAACAACUUGAGUGUUGUCAGAUCAGGUGUAACAUGAUCAAGUUUGAAUAUUGUUUUGUGUGUAAUUCCCCAGAAAGGUCAAAGGUCAAACUUAGUGUCUUUCUUAGUGUCUGUGUGGUUUUAGAAACCACAUCUCAUGUAUGUACAUAUUAAAGGGAUGGUGUGUACAUCAAUGCAAGUUUGUUUUUUUUGUCGUUGUCGCUGUUCGACAAAGACCAGCUGUAUUUCUAUGCAUGUUCUCUUCGUUGAAAAUGUUUUGGGGUAAAAAAAAAAUUAAGAAGAAAGAUCCUUUUUCAAUAAAAGGGGAGAAAACAACA